GAACCAAACGUCUGCUGUAUUGCAAUGACGAGCAAUGCUGACCGAAUUGUAUUUGGUGUUGUGGAAGCAAACAGACUGAAGGUGUGGGACCCGUUCAGAAAAGGUCACAAGACAAUUCCAGGAUAUGAAAACCUUCACUUUAGAACAAACAGUACUGUACAUUUGACAGAUGGCGGAUCGAAAGCAAUUGUUUUGGCAGGUGACGUGAGUAUUUGGGACCUUGAUAGUGGUACAGUACUGUCCGUUUUUACACCAGACAGUGUUAUUCAGAGCAUGACUUUAGCACUUGAGAGCAACCUCAUUCUUCUUGGCAUAAGCAACAGCCCUGUCCUCAUCGUCUUAAAGCUGACAUCAAAGAACAAAUUGGAAUUAAGUUCCACAGGAGGAAACAUGUUUGGAGAAGAAUCUAGCAGCGAGGAAGAUGACAAUUCUAACAAUGAUUAUGGUCUUCCUCAAGCAUGAAUACAAAUAUUUUAACCACUGGUUGAGCUGUGUCAGCUGAAUACAUUA